GGGGGGGCGAAUGACACAAUCUGCCAAGGGAAGUGUGUUUUCCUCAAGUGAAACAGCAACUUUCUUGAUUUUACAUUUUGUGUUUUUUUGGGAUUCCUUUCAACGAACAAACAUUUCAUCAGGUUAACGUGGUGAUAACUGUACUGUGUCAGCUCCAUCCUUUGGCACGAUAUACAUUGCAUACCGUUUCUCUCUCGACCAAGCGUGUCGCCUUUCUAUUGCCGCGCCGUUGACACUAGCCGUCUCUGCAACGUUAUUCACAUUUCGGGUUUUCUAAACCUCCGCACAAGUCUCUCGAGUCUCCUCACUCUUUCCUACAAAAACGAUGGCAGCUAGACCAAGCGCACGAGACGCCGCCGCCUCCCUUAACAACUCUGCCACCUCGGCGGGAGGGGACGCACAAAAUGCUGCAAACCUAAAGCCCAUUCAAGUUAAACUCGUUCUCCUCGGUGAAGCCGCCGUUGGAAAGUCUUCCCUCGUCCUUCGAUUUGUCAACAAUGAAUUUCAAGAGAACAAGGAGCCGACGAUUGGUGCGGCGUUUUUGACUCAAAAGUGCAAGUUGGACGAUAAGAUUAUAAAGUACGAAAUUUGGGAUACGGCCGGACAGGAGAGGUUCCAUUCCUUGGCUCCCAUGUACUACAGGAAUGCGCAGGCUGCGGUGGUUGUUUACGAUAUUACAAAGCCGGCCUCCCUCGACAAGGCAAAAUCCUGGGUAAAGGAGCUUCAACGCCAAGCCAACCCAAACAUUGUCAUUGCGCUUGUUGGCAACAAGUUGGACCUGGAGGCCACGGCCCGAGGCGUUCCAAGGGAAGAGGCGCAAGCAUACGCUACGGAAGCUGGUUUGCUCUUUUCUGAGGCCUCUGCAAAGACUGGAGACAAUGUUAUGGAUGUAUUCACAGAAAUUGCCAAGAAGAUUCCAUUGGACCAACUUUUGGCGUCUCGAGGUCGUGCUGGUGGAGCAGCAAGUGGAAGUGGAGCAGCCGCCGGAGGUCGAGUGGACUUGAACGCUGGACCUGGCGGUCGGAAUGCGCAGCCCGGUGGUUGUGCGUGUUAGUAAAGAUUUUCUGGGAAGGGGUUUUUUUUAAAAAAGUGCCACGUUUAUUUGUCGCGAAAAAGUAGUUUGUCUCUGAUUUGCUCCCCGCCGAAGAUGUUUGCCGAUAUUGUUGAAGGGGGUUUUUAGAAAAGACGGGGAUGUCACGUAUGCAGAGCUGCUACUGUUUUGUCUAUGUUUCUUGAAGAGGGGGUUUUUUGUUUGUUUGUCUCUUAUGAAUUACAUGGUAUAGUGUACUUUUGUGUGUGUAGCACAUUCAGUUUGUCCAAAGCCGGGUUUUUCGUACAGUGACAUACCGUAACGAUCAACAAAUUGUAUUUUUAUAUUUUUUUUUUGGCAAAAAAAAAGAAUUAGAGAAAAACGCAC